AGCAAACCGGGACCCGCGACCCCAGAGUGAGACCCAAGACGAUAUUCAGAAAGAAGUACACAUUUAAGGUAACCGGUCAUUGUGGAUAGUACAUGUUUAGGGCAUGAACAAUUUAUAUGAAAAGACAACAGAAAGCUUAGAAUCACUCCAGAACACCUCAUGUGGAACAAAAUUUAAAACUUGCAAUACAAAGCAAUCAUCAAAAAAAACAAAGUCACCUUCUCGUGUUGUUCCGUCUCUCGAAGUUGAAAUGGAAAAGUAUGAACAUGAAGAAGAGGAAAGGGAUGAUUUUGACCAACCUUCAAUUGGAAUUGUUAGUGGGGGCUCAGAAGCAAGCAGUAUCUUUGGAAGUAAUGCAGAUAUCACUAUCAAUCAACCUAACCGGCCAAGAAUCAGUAGAGCUAGGUCAAUAAGGCAGAGUAUUGCUAAAGGAGCAAAGGGCACAUUGGACUUCUUUGGUGUCGCUGAACAAAGUGAGGAAGAAGCACAACGUCAGAAAUGGAAUCAAAGAAGAAUAAGACAUCUCAGCAGAAGGAUAGGUCGCAUGAAAGAAUCAGUUUCUGCACCAACUACACCUGAUACUCCAGAUGGAUUACGUUUCCCCACAAUAGUUGAAUAUGCCAUGCAACGGAGUUAUAUUGGGCAACAUAAAGCCAGAAGAGAAAAUGCUGCAAAGUUGCUCUGGAGAACAGCAUCCAGAAGACUCAGUGCAAAGCCUCAGUAUGAUGUUUCCACUAUUCAAAGUUUUGGUGGACGAAGUUUUGCUCCAGCUGAUUUAAUGGAUGAUGAUAUCUCUGUAUUUGAUUCAGCCUCAAACUUAGAUGAGAGAAAAUCUAUAACUCCGACUCCUACUCCACUCCUUACACCCUCAUUUAUUGAUGACCGAUCUUUUUUUCACUUCGAUACUUACCAUCCAUCAACAAUUGAAGAAGAAGAUAGUCUGGAUAUGACAGACGGCGGAAGACCUCCUUCGCCUACCAUGCAGGAAAUAUCUGCUCCAUCUACCCCUUCUCCAAGAAUAGUAACUCCAUGGGACAAAAGUCUUGGUCCUGAGCCAACAAUUCAAUCAGUAAGCCCAUAUGCAAAACGACGUAAGCCAGAAUAUAUUCGCCAACCAAGUGAUCGUCGUUCAAGAAUGCAAGUAAAACCUGUAAAAAAAGAAAAGAAAAAGAAAAAAAUAUUAAAACGUGAAUUUGGCAAAGGUUUAGUUGGAAAUUUACUGAAUCGUACUUUCAAUCGUAACCGCAUAAAUAGUAAAGUGCAAGAACAAAUGGAGGAUAUCAGCGAUCAUAGACCUUACUUCACUUAUUGGUUAUCUUUCGUGCAAGUAACCAUAUUGAUUGUUAUGAUUAGUGUGUAUUCUUUUGCACCGAUUGGUGUAAGUCAAAAGAAAACUGAACAAAAUGUUUUACUAAGCAGGAAUGGAAUUCUACAGCAUGAAAAUGUUAAAAAAGUUAUUGUGGAAAGUUUCUGGAUUGGACCAAGGCUUAACACGUUGAUUUUAUUAGGAGCGAAGUAUGCUCCAUGUAUGAGACACGACAAGCUGCUGUACAAGCAGCUGUUUCAAGAGAAUUUGGCUGAAAACAAAACAGGAUGUUGCAUGCAAACGUUAAACACUGGUUGUAUUCAGCGACAACAGUCAGAGUGUAGUACCUCAUUUACGAAGUUUAAACCUAAAACUGUAUGUGGACAAGACCCUGAUAUGUGUCUUAAUCCCGCCUCAAAAGCGCCGAAUGAAUGGGAUAAGAACAGUAUUAUAAACUGGCCAGUGUGUCGAAAGACUGUCAAUUUAACAGGUAUCAACAAAGAAAAUUACCCUCACAUGACGUGUGAAAUAACUGGUCGGCCAUGUUGCAUUGGAACACAAGCGCAGUGCAUCAUCACCAGUCAAGCUUAUUGUGAAUUUUUAGAUGGUGUUUAUCAUAGCGACAGGACUCUUUGCUCACAGGUUGAUUGUCUGUCUUCAACAUGUGGCUUGCUACCUUUUGCAAAUGAAAAUCAACCUGAUCAAUUUUAUCGCCUUUGGCUGUCACUGUUUCUAAAUGCUGGCAUCCUUCAUGUCGUUCUAAUUUUAAUUUUCAAUUUUACCAUUCUGAGAGAUAUUGAAAAAAUGGCCGGUUGGUUACGAACUGGGUUAAUAUUUAUACUAAGUGGCAUAUGUGGAAACCUGUGGAGUUCCAUAUUGAUACCUUAUGAACCAGAAGUUGGUCCCUCCGGUUCUUCGUUUGGAAUUAUCGCAUGUUUAUUUGUAGAAGUUAUUCAAAGUUGGCAAUUAAUAAGAAACCCUUUUGUAGCAAUCGGCAAACUAUGUGGAGUAGUUUUAGUAUUAUUUUUACUUGGUUUGCUACCAUACAUCGAUAACUUUGCACAUAUAUUUGGUUUCAUUCACGGCUUCUUUUUAGCGUUUAUUUUCUUACCUUACGUGACGUUCGGGAAAUGGGACCGGCGCCGAAAACAGAUACAAAUAGUAAUAGCUGCUGUUGUCUUGAUCAUUAUUACUAUCAUCGGUUUCAUCUUAUUUUACGUGUAUCAAGAUAUAAACACGAGUGGUGUGACGUAUUUCAACUGCGUUCCCAUCACUACUGACUUCUGUAAAAAUUUCCAUCAGGGGAAAGUUUUGGAACGGCGGGAAACUAUUUACUAAAUGUGAAUCAAUUUUUUGAUACAAUCAACGAUGAAUCCGUUUUUACGCUUGCAUA